AGGAAGCAAGAACGUACGGAAGUGGCAAAAGGACGUGACAAAAGAGUCGGAGAAACGGAAGCUUUAAAUAGAACACCAUUAUUACAUCGAAGCAGGUGGUGACCGGGUCGCAACCAUGACGAAGGUCCUUUAAGCGAAACUAAACAAAAGCAAAAACAACAAGAAAAUCUAACACAACAAGCAAAAGCACAAUCGAUACAAUUGCGGAAGAGGAUUCUGGAGAAGAGAGUGAAACGGAAAAAAGGAUCGAAAAAGGAGAGCUGAAGCAAGCAAGUGGAAAUUGCUGGAUUAUUUUGUGACAAAACUGUGCGCCGGGUGAAACUCUUGGAUCUAUUUUUCCCACCUUCUUCAGUCGGUGCUAUCGCUGAGCAACUUAAUUUGUAGCUCCCGUCGGGAGCGCCAGCCGAUUGGGGAAUUUUCGUGUUGAUUGUGUUUGUUCGUGGAAGUGAGGUGUAAAAUGGUUCCAACAAAAAUGUCCAGGAGGUAAAGUACGAGCAGCAGCAUCCUUGUGUAGAGGCUAUCAAUCACACUCGGAAACAUUGCCUAGUGUGAAAGAAAAGAAAAGAAUUAUAAAAGGCAGUUUUGUAAAGAACAAAAAUAUAUGAGUAAAUAAGUGAUAAACCCCCGAACUAUUACAUUCCACUUCACUUGGUUGCGAAAGUGAACUAUACUAAAGACCGAAACAAAUAACAUACCAAAGUGUUACAGAAGAAGACAAUUUUUAGGAAAAAUAAUCAAAAACCGUUGCACAAAACAACACAAAACACAAAAAAGUAAAUAAACAAACACAAAAAAGAAAACAUGGGUUGUGAACUUACAAAGCUAGCGAGCAGUAGCAAUGGAAGCAAUUCGAAGAGCAACAACGUGCCGAGCCUGGACGCGUGCGGGCCCCCGCCGGUGGACAGCCGGUUGCCCCUCACCGCCAAACAGAAGUACACGAUGGUGGCCUCCUGGAAGGGCAUCAGCCGAGCGAUGGAGACGACCGGAAUCACCAUGUUCAUCAAGUUGUUCGAGGAGCACGCGGACCUGUUGAACAUGUUCGCCAAGUUCAAGGAGCUGAAGACCAAGGAGGAGCAGGCCACCUCCGAGGAGCUACAGGAGCACGCGAACAAGGUGAUGAACACGCUGGACGAGGGCAUCCGCGGGCUGGACGACCUGGACACGUUCUUCGAGUUCAUCCAUCAGGUCGGCGCCUCCCAUCGGCGCAUUCCCGGCUUCAAGCAGGAGUAUUUUUGGCGCAUCGAGGAACCGUUCCUGUCGGCCGUCUCGACCACGCUCGGCGAUCGCUACACGCAAAACGUCGAGGGUAUCUACAAGCUCACUAUCAAGUUCAUCAUCGAAACGCUGGUGGCGGGCUACGAAGCAAGUGCCAACAACAACGUCGACAGCACGACCACGUCCAGCAGUACGGCGAAGGUGGACGACUCGAAGCGGGCGUCCUGAGCGCCCUAAACGCAUCGAGCGGGCGCCGGUUUUGCAAGUAAAAAAACGCGAAAAAGUAGAAGGACAUUUUCCAAAACACUCCACCCCCCCCAAAGUGGUGAUCCUAUUCGGGCGUUUUUUUUUUGUUUUUCCUAUCAACUUUCGCACAAAGUUUACAAUUGAUCCGUUGGGAUGGUUGGCAGCAUCGAUGGGAAAGCUUGCGACACGCCACACCGUAGGACAAGAGGAACCUGUCGCUUUUGGAGUAGAAAACCAUUUCGGAAAAAGUCCUAGCGCCCUCCCCCAGGGGGUAUAUGGCCUGAAGGUACAUUAUCGAAAUCGUCGUCCCCGUCGUUCGCCGUUAGACAGAGCAUUUGUAGAAGUAAUCGUGUCGUGUAGAGAGCUCCCUUGUUGUCUCGUGAGAGGGAGAAGGCACGGUACUGGCAGGGGGCCGGUUGUUUGGAUUGUCGGCCCUAUUUGUCGGUACAAAAUAUCAUUUAAUAGUGAGAGGAAAAGCAAGUGUUUUCCAAUCGGCGGUGUGAUUUAUUUUAUGUCUAUUUAUUUUUGAGGGGGACCAGCUCCCCAAACCGUGGGCCGAACGAGUGACUGUUGGAUUGAAGUGUCCUGAAAAAAAAAACAGCUUCGAACGUCAGCAUGCGCGCUCGAGCACAUGGCAGGACAAUUGUGGAAUCGUCGUGGGCAUUCCGCAGCAUUGACCGUUGAUCAUCAGCCUUAAAAUGAAAACAAAAAGAAAAGAAAAGAAAAGAAAAAAUUACAUAAAAUAAUAUGAGUAUGAAUAACGAUAAUACUAGUACUGAUAAUAAAACUAGAAGCGAAAAGUAGUUCGGACAAAUGAUACCGAUUGCGAAUGCUAUCACCGUUGCUCUGCACGAAAUCAUCAAGCAGAGCAGAAGAAAAUCAUCACAAAGAAUAGAACAAACUUAAGAAUUCACAUAUUAAAAUUAUAAAAAAAUAAAAACACGAACACACUUACACCGACACCACACACAAAUAUAUUGGUUAAUAAAAAAGAUGAUAGAAGCGGUGAAAAAA